UCUCAGACUUGUCUCUAAUUGUCAGUGCAGCGGUACUGGAUAUCUGGAUAGAAGAGUAGUUGAGACACUUUGAUCAAAUCAAGGCAGUAAUGAUGGGACACUGCCUAGACCACUUAGAUGUGUAUGCUGAAAUCCUGAAUGAUAUAUAGAUUCUGCAAUCUACUGCCUCUUUCAGGCUUUAAAUUUUCUCAGCUGCAACUUAACUGAUUAAGCACCAACUGUUAUUUGACCAAAUGCUGGAUAAAAUAGCUUGCUUCAUAAGCAACAGAACUGUCCUGUGAACAUAGCAGAAGUGGCCGAGUGGUGAAGUACAAGCCCUAACAUCAUUAUUUGGGAAUCUGAUCUGAUUGGUUGCCUGGCGCUUCGUCUGUGGCAAGCGGGACAAUGGCUGCCAGCAAGAGCAAGAACCAGAGUUCUUUGGCCCUCCACAAAGUAAUUAUGGUUGGCAGUGGAGGUGUAGGCAAAUCUGCACUCACUCUUCAAUUUAUGUAUGAUGAGUUUGUAGAAGACUAUGAACCUACCAAGGCUGACAGUUACAGAAAGAAAGUAGUUUUGGAUGGUGAAGAAGUUCAGAUAGACAUUCUGGACACAGCAGGACAGGAGGAUUAUGCAGCAAUCAGAGAUAACUAUUUCCGCAGUGGGGAAGGGUUUCUUCUAGUCUUCUCAAUAACAGAGCAUGAAUCCUUUACAGCAACAGCAGAGUUUCGGGAACAGAUCCUGCGUGUGAAGGCUGAAGAGGAUAAAAUCCCUCUACUGGUAGUGGGCAACAAAUCUGACUUGGAAGAGCGCAGACAAGUGCCUGUAGAAGAAGCUAGAAGUAAGGCAGAGGAGUGGGGUGUGCAGUAUGUAGAAACCUCUGCCAAAACUAGAGCGAAUGUAGAUAAGGUAUUCUUCGAUUUAAUGAGAGAAAUCAGAGCAAAGAAAAUGUCAGAAAACAAAGACAAAAAUGGCAAGAAAAGUGGCAAGAACAAGAAAAGCUUUAAAGAAAGAUGUUGCUUACUGUGAUGCUUGGGAACUGUAAAUAUCUAUCUACAGGUGGCAUGGAUAAGAUACCACUAAGGAUAUAGGGCUGGAUUCAUGAAAGGAAGUCUGUAUUGACUCCCUUAUCUUUGCUUUUCAUAUCACACCUUCAAAAUGUGAAAACAGAACUUUGAAACCAUUUCUGGUAUCCAACAAAACCUAUGCCCACUUAAACUGAGAUGGGGUCAGUCUUCCCAGUGUCUUUCAAAACUAGAAACAGUUUCAGAACUACAAUCCAUCUGCUUGGUUAUACAAAGUACUUUCAUAUUACCUUCCUAGUUUAAUCUUUCUCUUGAACCUCUACUAGCCUUAACAAGCACAGCUGUUCAGGUUCAAACAUUUUUUCCCCACUGUUGCUGCCCUUCUUGAUGUUGCAAACUGCAGAAAAGCUAGAUGAUGUGGUAAAGGGUUUGAGUCUCCAUCUUCUGUUAGUUGUCACUGGUAUUUCUUACACUGAAAUCUGCUGGCUUCCUCCCCACUCUCCAUGUAAGAAAUAGCAACUGACACUCAAGAGUCGACUCAAAACAAACUUUCUUCCAUGUUCUGUCUAGUCAAUACAGCGUUCAUGAAUCAAGCCUAUGGACUCAAUUCAGACUUAGGCAAUGCAGAAACUGAUAUUUAAAUACUGGCUAGAUGCAUUCCCCACUGGUCUGUCUUCUCAUCCCUAAAUUAGUGGUAUGGGGUGAGAAAAUGACUAUAAGCCUUUCUUCAAAAGGAAUAACAUUAUCACCAUCUCCUUGAAAUGCUGUCCUGAGUUUCUUCCAUACAUUGAGGCUAGGCUUGGUUACACUCACUCUACAUCCAUCAUCCUUCCUCUCCCUGGUACUGGAGUAGUGAAAAUCAAAGUGUUGAUUUCAUUGGUCUUGUUUAUAUUGGAACACUUGUGAUCAUGUUGGAAAUGUGGGAACAUCUGCAUCUGUCCCUUGUCUCACUGAAGAUGAAAACUUUGAGUAAGGAUGGGUCACAUCACACAAUCAUGACUUGGAAUAGGUGAGGCAUACAUGCUACCUCUUAAUGAUUAGCUGGGUAGUGAGUUGUAUGGUGUCAAAAAGCAAAUGAAGUUAAGCAGUUGCCAUAUCUGUUAUACACUGUUAAUUUUAUAUGUACUGUUUCUGAUGCACAGCAACCUAGCACAUGGAGAUGCAUGUUGAGUUUUGCUGUCAGGUAUGUAAUGGUGGUCACAUAUUGAUCAAGAAAAACCAGCCUAGAAAUGGAAGAGAAGUCAGUAUUUAGCAGGUCUUCUUGUCAGCUGACUGAACUGAGCUUUCUGAUGUGAUUUAAAUUAAGUGCAGUGCCAAACAGUACUUCUGGCGCUUGUGGAAAGUAACUGUCUCUUCUGAUUGUGGAGUCUCUUAAUGAAUUAUGGCUAUCUUCUGUUUUGAAGGAGUAGAGAGACUUAACAAGCAAAAGAUAAUCACUACUUUAACUGGAUGCUUAAAACACAGUUACUUGGUGAAAGGAAUAUGCUGUGUGGCUGUUCAAUGAAGCACACUGCAGCACUAAACUAACAAAUACUGUUUCUUUUUGAGGUGAAGGAGUAGCAAAUGCUGUUCAGUUUUAGUAUUCUAAUAUGAGGUUGGAAAACAUUUUUUAACAUGUACUAGAUUGCUCUUGUGCAUUCCACUUCUGAACUUUGAAAAAAGUAAGAUGUGUUAGAUAUCGGAACCUCUGUUGGUCUGAGGUUUCACAGGGACUUACUGCAAACUCAUUGUCUUCCAUAACUAGUUCAACUUGUCAGGCAACUCAUUGGAUUGGGGAAACUGUACUAAAUAAAAGGUGCUGUAAUCUUCAUUCUUGUCAAGUUAAAUUCCUUUGUUAAUGUUAUCUUGUAUGUGCAGAAAGAAUGGUUAAUUCUGGAAAUACUUAUCUUUGAACAGUGUAAUUAAUUGGUAUUACGAAGCCAACUUGACAAUACAGUUUUGAAGCAGAGGCCGGGAGGCUGUUGGCUUACAGAACCCGUAAUUGGAACUGAGUCUACUAUGUCUAAAGCCUAAGCACCUAAUGGGACACUCAGAGCCAUAACACUUUGCUAGCAAAGUAUCCAUGGAAGCUCAAGAGGAAAAAGUCCACUUUUGAGUGCACAUUGUGCAUACAGCAAAUGAAUGUCUCCUUCUGGAGGAAGGUAACUCACUUAGGUUUGGGUUUUGCUGAGACCUAAAGGUUAAGUCCUUAAUUAACCUAAAGGAUAAACAACAGUUUGAGUUCACAUUACAAGCUUAUCUAGGUCAAGCCCCUCUGAGGCGGAUUUUAAAAUGUGUCUAACAAAACUGAGAGCUUUCCUUGCUAUAUGAAUAAUGAACUCAGCAAAGCUCACAAUGAGCAGCUCAGCUGGCUCAAGAGACUUGCAUGCUUUGACCCUUGAUCUUUUAGUCUCAAAAUAUCUGACAGUGUUUGAUAGGACAGAUGAAUUUCUACUCAGAACAGUGAGUCUGCCACUGGUGUUCUUACAGUCCAUGUGCUGUUCUCACUCAGGUUGUGGUGUGUGUUUUUUUUUUUUUUUUUUUUUUUUUAAACUGAUAAAGCUCCACCACUGAGGUGGACUGACUUGGAAGAAGGUGCUUCCUUCUUUUCAUGGCUUGAUGCUGCAUCUCUUCAGUGUUCUGUGCUUGUCACCUUUUCCAGAAAGACUAGGCCUGGAGACUAAAUACAGCAGCUUUUCAGUAUUCCUCUUCUGUACUUGCGGCAAACUUCAGCUGUAACUGGAAAGUUAAACUGAAAGCAUGAUAGCCAAGGUAGCUGCCUUGUUUACUUCAUAACAGUGGGCAACAAGCAUUCUGACUUGUACCAGGAAGGCAGUAAAACUGCUCCCUGGACUAGAAUCCUGUUGCUUCGACCUGAUGGUGGAAGUGCCUGAAUGCAUGCCUUUCUAAAUUGGGGCUAUACAAUUUGAGGGCCCUUGAAUGACUUCCAGGUGUGCUUCACUGGUCAUCAAUGGACAUCAACAUCAGGUGGGUUGACUAGAGUGAAUAAAAAAUGGCACAGAGAAAUGCUUCAUUUGGACUUGAGGGCUUCCUCUGAGUGGAGUAAAGGGAGCUUUAGCUUCUCACCUGAAUGGGUACUUGCUGAUCAGGUACAUCAAACAAGGAGAAUUUGGCAAGAGGGUGUGUGUGUAGCUGCCUGAUAGCCAUUCUGUGUAGCUGAGGCAACCGAAGGCUUUAUUGAAGCUGAUAUAUCCUAGCAGCCUUUGCAUGUUAGGUAAUUAAAGACCAAGACUUCUCUUCACCAGUAUAAUGUGCUCUGGAUCUUUCUGGAGCAUGGCUGUAGGCAAGUAACUGGAUAUUUGAAGCUGGAGGUCAUGCAAGACUUGACUAUGCACUUGCACUUAAGCAUUCAAAUAUUCUAAUGGCUUAACAUAGUCAGGGAGCAGUUUACUGUGGUAUGCAAUCUUCCAUAUGUGGCUUAGCUGUGAUUGUUCAAGUGCUCCAGUCUUCCUUCUGGCUUGAGCAGAAAUGUAUGAGACAAGCCCUCAUUAUAAUGGGGGAUAAGUCCAUUUUAUGAAAUUCCAUUUCAAAACCCCAGGAGUGUGAAGGCAGACUUGACUCCUCUUCUUUGAGGAGCAUCUCUCCAGGUGAGAGUACAGAUGCAGCAUGAAGUACGUCUUCAAUGACUUGUGCCAUAGGUGUUUUAUAUGGACUAAUAUGCCUUUGCUGCAAUUUCUGGGUGAACACUUGGCCUGAUGAAGAGAAAGAUGUAUGCAUACAUUUACUGGGCAUUACGCGUCAGUAAGAUAUUAA